AUGGGCGGCCGACAAAUACGGCCCGCGCGGGUCUUCCAAUCCGUCUCCCAAGAGCUGAACCACCAGAUGCUCGCGGGCCACACCGUCGCCCAACCACCAUGGUACCAGGUCAUGAACUCGGUUCCCCCCGCCGAGACGCUCGUCCGCACAGUCACGCCCAGGCAUCGCAUGCCGAACCCCAAAGCCAAGAAGCCCAAGAAGCUGUACCGACCCCAAAGUAUCAGCUACCCCGAGGACGCUCUCCGAACGAGUUUCUACAAAGACCACCCGUGGGAACUGGCCCGGCCACGAAUCGUCCUCGAACUAGACGGAAAAGAUUACCAGCAUUGCGACUGGAGUAAGGGUUUGCGACAGCCCGGUGUCCCCCUAACAGGCGAAUGCGUCGUCCAACGGCAGCUACAUCUCAUGCAUGCCGAAAAGAUGAGCAAACGCAAAGCCUACGACACGGCGCGCAAAGAAUUCUACAGACUCCGUCAGGAGGAGGAGAUUGAGAAGAGGGUAGCGGUCGAGGAGGCAAAGCACGUGGGGGCGUACUUUGGCAAGUCCCGGCUGGACGUGGGCGUGCAGCUCGAGGACCAGGAGUUUGAAAACUGGAAGAUUUGGGCGGGCAAAGAGACGGCGAAUAGGGCAGCAAGAUCGAAUUCGGAAAUCGAGACGUUUGGAGUCGAAGACAGUGAGGAGGAGUUGGCUGAGGCUGCGUCUGUAUAA